AUGUCAAUUGUUUCGAAAAAUAUUUAUUUAAUUUCGAGAUGGGUUGAUCCUGUUUUUGCUGUGGGUGUAGGUAGUUUUAGUUAUUUUCUGUAUGAAAGAAAUCAUCCGCGUCCAGAGCAUUGUUCUUUGAAUGAAUUGUUGCAAAGGAAAAAAGAUUGUAGGUAUUCUGUUGAUGAAAGUAUGUUUGAUAUGUAUUUUCAUCAAUAUUUAUUUUUGGGAAGUGUUAAUUUGAGUUAUUAUAGUUUUAAAAAAUGGGAAAAUAGUUGA